AUGGCGGACUUUCCGCGCCAUAGCGUACUACACUCUGUUCCAUUUAUUUGCGCUAGUCUAACUGUAACUCGAGUGUCCUCGAUCGCAACCAGGAAGUGCGAGGAAUGCUGGUCACUGUUGGAAGAGGAGCUUCGAAAGUUUGGCCUUAGCCUUAGUGGACCGAGUAGGCAGGGUCCUUCGUUGGCCGUAGACCCUUGGACACAGUCAUUAUUUCUGUGGUGUUUGGGCAGAUUAGGAGUGCUCGUUUUUACUCGGUGUAACCCCGUCGAUUUUUGAGGAGUUCAUCCGUUACUUGGCGCUUUUUAAAGGGAUUCCAUUUGCUGACAAUACCAUAUUUUGCCGUCAGCGAGAAGAGGUUUGCGUAAAUUACCUCUGCUCUACUUACGUCGGCGUUUUCCUUUGGGUCAAAAUGCAACGAGUGCAGUUUUUGAAAGACUCGUUUGCUGGUUUGGAUGCUUUCCAAAAGCAGAUUGUGAUUGGGACAGGUGUGGCUGCAGGGGUUGCGCUGGUGUACAUUCUGCACAGAAGAUGCCAAAAAGUCCGAACUAUUCCUUUUGGUGAAGGAUGGUGGGGAGCAGGCAAGAGGCCGCAGUCAGAGGAUGACAAGAUCUAUUCCUUUGAGGUGAAAACCUCAGAUGAUGAAAUUAAGGACCUCCAUGAGCGCAUUGACAAAGCCCGCUAUGCUGACCCUCUGGAAGACAGCGCCUUUCAGUAUGGGUUCAAUUCAACGUAUCUUAAGAGUGUGGCUUCCUACUGGAGACAUGAGUUUGACUGGAAAAAACAAGUGGCGGUGCUUAACAAAUAUCCACACUUCAAAACCAAAAUAGAAGGAAUAGAUGUGCAUUUCAUCCAUGUGCGUCCUGCUCAACACAAGAAUCAAAAGGUUGUCCCACUUAUGCUUGUUCACGGCUGGCCAGGCUCCUUCUUUGAAUUCUACAAGAUCCUGCCACUCCUCACGGAGAACCACAAUGGUCUUACCUUUGAGGUCAUAUGCCCAUCUAUACCUGGCUAUGGUUUCUCUGAGGCCCCUCAUAAACAAGGCUUUAACACUCUAGCUGCUGCUAGAAUUUUCCUGAAGCUGAUGGAGCGUUUAGGGUUCUCGCAGUUCUAUCUGCAGGGAGGAGACUGGGGCUCCUUCAUCACCACCAACAUGGCACAGAUGAAACCUCAGUGUGUGAAAGGCCUCCACUUAAACAUGUUUACGUCGAGAAAAGGGUUUAAAGUGAUGUUGUCCCUCCUGAUUGGCCCUUACCUGCCCUUCUUGGUGGGCCUGAGUAGCGAAGAUGUCCGCCGCUUGUUCCCGUUCUUUGAAAAGAACGUGUGGGAAAUCUUGAGGGAAUCUGGGUACUUUCACAUUCAGGCUACUAAACCCGACACAGCAGGCUGUGGAGUGAAUGACUCUCCUGUAGGCUUGGCUGCAUACAUUCUGGAGAAGUUCUCCACUGGGACUGACCUGAAGAACAGAGACCUGGCUGACGGUGGACUGGAAAGGAAAUAUAGCCUGGAUGACCUCCUGACAAACGUUAUGAUCUACUGGACCACAGGCUCCAUCGUCUCAUCCAUGCGCUUCUACAAAGAAAACUUCAAGAGCAAUCCAGAAAAAAGAGUGGAUGCAAGGACACGUAUAUAUGUUCCUACUGGACUGGUUGCCUUCCCUGGGGAGGUGAUGCACUGCCCUAAAUCGUGGGCCCAAAUCAGGUUUCGUAACAUUGUGUCCUACACGUUCAUGCCUCGUGGUGGUCACUUUGCUGCCUUUGAAGAGCCUCACCUGUUUGCCACUGAUCUCAUUCAGUUUGUUCAAAAAGUGGAGACGCUUUGAACGUGCAUGAUUUUGAAAGGGUUUACUUUCAUAUUUUCUUACCUUGUAUUGCAUUGUGGGUAUUUUCAGACAUUUUCAGUUUCCUCAGUGGAUUAUGUAUAAUUCAUAAUGGGAAAAAAAAAUCAGUCAGAAAAAAUGGGAUGCGUUCGUAUCUAUGAAGGUGUACAGUUUGGUGUCGAUCCGAAUUAGGACUGCUCGGUGUUAGUGGAAGUUCAUUGUCUGAGUGCCAUUCUAGUUGAUAUCAUCUUUUCUUCCUGAUUGUUUGAUUUGAUUGUUGAUUUGCUUCCAAGAUCGUGCUAUGAAAUGUACUCUGGACACAUGAAAAUGUUUAGCGCACUCAAGUGCAUCCAAAUAACAAUAACAUUAUGCACUGGCACUUUCACAUCAUGUUUUAAAUUGUAAUGCACUAAUAUUAAAUGUAAAUUUUUUUA